AAUUGGGACAUCAUUACCCACAAUGCACUGCGGACCACAGUAGUCCGCACCUUCGCCGGCCGGGUGGAGCUUGCGUGUGAACGUGGGAACAUCCGAGCGGUGUACUGCUGCUUGUCGGAGUGAAAAUUGUUUGACAGGGAGGCGACGCGACCUGUGCUCAGGGACUGCCGCCUCUAAAGUUAGUUUUUACCCGCGUCAGCGAACAGUGUCCGAGCCCCGGGGGAGGCAGACUCGAGAAGAGACAAAUGUUUCGUGCGAGUGUAAGCAACAGGGCACAGGGAGAGGAACGUCAACGGCAGUUUCAGCCUUGAGCAACGGGGAGCGCGACUACUACUAGUAGUUGUACACCACCACCGCAACGCGGAUAAUAUCCAGGGGGGAGAGAAUGCGAAUGGUGCGAAGAUACCGAAGCCAAACGAAAUGGAAACGAUGUAGCGUCGCUCCGGCAUUCCAUAUAGCUAGAACUAACGUUAGAGUAGGAAACAGAUAGCUAAAGGAGCUAGCGCGCCAACUAACAUAUACAUGUAAAGUUAUUCCCCGGAGAAGCUGAAGAAGCGGAGCCAGGAGGCGUGUGUGGAAUCAGAAGAGUUCAGCAGUUCUGCGAGAUUAAAAAAAAAGAUAAAUAAUAAAAAAAAAAGGAUGCUGCGGAGAAGACUCAACCGUUUGCUUGGUGGUGAUGAGAGACGAGUGGACAACAGGACAAUCUACAUUGGCCAUCAGUCUUUUCCUGUCAGUGAGGCUUUAAACCCACCCAAGUUCUGUGACAACAGGAUUGUAUCGUCCAAGUAUACAGUCUGGAACUUUCUACCAAAGAACUUGUUUGAACAGUUCAGAAGAAUUGCUAAUUUCUAUUUCCUCAUCAUCUUUCUGGUCCAGGUGAUAGUGGACACUCCCACCAGCCCAGUCACCAGUGGCCUACCUUUAUUUUUUGUCAUCACUGUAACUGCUAUCAAACAGGGAUACGAAGACUGGCUACGGCACAAGGCUGAUCGUGAAGUGAAUAAGUACAGAGUGACAGUGUUGGAGAAUGGUACGGAGACACAGAAGGAGAGUGAGAAAAUUAAGGUUGGAGAUAUUGUAGAAGUAAAGGAAGAUGAGACCUUUCCCUGUGAUUUAAUACUGCUGCAGUCGAGCCGAGAUGAUGACACUUGUUUCGUUACUACAGCAAGUCUGGAUGGAGAGUCCAACCAUAAAACACACUACACAGUGCCAGACAUUGGGAGGGAUCUGCAAUCUCUCAGUGCCACCAUCGAGUGUGAGCAGCCACAGCCUGACCUGUACAAGUUUAAUGGUCGUAUGCACAUCUGCAAAAACAAUCAGGAGCCUGCAGUGAGGUCCUUGGGCCCAGAAAACCUACUGCUGAAAGGAGCAACUUUAAAAAACACUCAGAAGAUUUGUGGUAUUGCAGUUUACACUGGCAUGGAAACAAAAAUGGCUCUUAACUACCAGGGAAAAUCUCAAAAACGUUCUGUUGUGGAGAAGUCCAUCAAUGCCUUCCUUAUAGUUUACCUUUGCAUACUGUUAAGCAAGGCGCUUGUGUGCACAACACUUAAAUAUGUUUGGCAGAACAAACCCGGUCAGGAUGAGCCGUGGUACAACGAGAAGACCCUGAAGGAGAAAGACACAAAUCUGUACUUAAAAAUGUUCACAGACUUCCUGUCCUUCAUGGUCCUCUUCAACUUCAUCAUUCCGGUGUCCAUGUAUGUCACAGUUGAGAUGCAAAAGUUUUUAGGAUCCUUUUUCAUCACUUGGGACAAAGAUUUUUUUGACCCUGAAAUUAAAGAGGGCGCACUGGUCAACACGUCGGACCUGAACGAGGAGUUGGGACAGGUGGAGUACGUCUUCACAGACAAGACCGGCACACUCACCCAGAAUAACAUGGAGUUUAUUGAGUGCUGUAUCGACGGCUUCCAGUACAAACAUCGAGGCGCUUGCUCUGAGUUGGACGGGUUUUGUGUCACAGAUGGACCAGUGAACAAACUACAGCAAAAAGCUGGCAGGGAGAAGGAGGAGCUGUUUCUACGAGCCCUAUGUCUCUGCCACACUGUCCAGGUGAAGGAGUCCACAGAGCAUGCUCAUAUCCAUGGGGAAGAUCAUUUAGACCAGGUGGACGGUUUAAGGAUAGAUGAAGAGGUGCUUCAUCCAUCACAGGAAGAGAAAGGCUUCAUAGCUUCCUCACCUGAUGAGAUUGCACUGGUCAAGGGUGCCAUGAGGUAUGGAUUCACAUUCCUGGGUCUAGAAAGUAAAACCAUGAAAAUUCUUAACCGAAAUAAAGUAAUUGAAACGUAUGAGCUGCUUCAUGUGUUGAACUUUGACCCCGUGAGAAGGCGAAUGAGUGUGAUUGUCAGAUCCAGAUCAGGUGAAAUUUCGCUUUUCUGUAAGGGAGCAGACUCCUCAAUCUUCCCUCGAGUCAGGCAGGAGGAGGUGGAAAGGAUACGAAUGCACGUAGAACGCAAUGCAACAGAGGGUUAUAGGACACUGUGUGUGGCCUAUAAACGCCUUAAUGAAGAGGAGUACGCCCAGGCAGACGCAGGGCUGAGAGAAGCUAAACUGGCUCUGCAGGACAGAGAGGAGAAGCUUAUGGCUGUUUACAACCAGUUAGAGACUGGAAUGAGUCUAAUAGGUGCUACAGCUGUGGAAGAUCGCCUUCAAGAGGAGGCAGCAGAGACAAUGGAAGCUCUGCAGGGAGCAGGUAUGAAGGUUUGGGUUCUAACGGGGGACAAGAUGGAGACGGCGAAGUCCACCUGCUACGCUUGCGGAUUGUUCCAGAAGAGAACAGAACUGUUGGAGCUAACUGUGCGCACUCUAGAGGAAGGAGGGAGGAAACGUGAAGAGCGCCUCCAUGAGCUUUUAUCAGAGUAUCAUAAGAAAGCUGUUCAGGAUGCGCCACCAGUGAAAGCAGGCGGCAGCAGAGGGCGUUUUUCAGCCAACCAGGAUUAUGGGUUUAUCAUUGAUGGAGCGUCCUUAUCCAUAGUGCUCAGCUCAUCCUCUGAAUCCAACUCAAGUCUCUACAAGGAUUUGUUCCUGCAGAUAUGUCAAAACUGCACAGCUGUGCUUUGCUGCCGCAUGGCUCCCCUGCAGAAGGCACAGAUUGUUAAAAUGGUAAAAAAUCUUAAAAGCAGUCCAAUCACACUUUCCAUUGGAGACGGAGCCAAUGAUGUCAGUAUGAUUUUGGAAGCUCAUGUUGGCAUUGGCAUCAAAGGUAAAGAAGGUCGGCAGGCAGUGAGGAACAGUGAUUAUGCUAUCCCCAAACUCAAGCACCUCAAGAAACUUUUGUUGGCUCAUGGGCAUCUUUACUAUGUUCGCAUCGCACAUCUGGUACAAUAUUUUUUUUACAAGAAUCUUUGCUUCAUUUUACCCCAGUUUUUGUACCAGUUCUUCUGUGGCUACUCCCAACAACCCCUGUAUGAUGCGGCCUAUCUGACGAUGUACAACAUCUGCUUCACCUCUAUGCCCAUCCUGGCUUACAGCCUUUUCGAACAGCACAUUUGCGUUGAGUUUCUCCUACAAAAUGCCGACCUAUACAGGGAAGUUGCAAAGAAUGCCAUGUUGCGAUGGGAACUUUUCCUCUACUGGACCCUACUCGGAGUCUUCCAUGGCUUAGUGUUCUUCUUUGGUGUUCAGUUUCUGUUCAGUAACCCAGCCUUGCAGGACAAUGGCCAGGUUUUUGGGAAUUGGUCGUAUGGGACAAUUGUAUUUACCGUCCUGGUCUUCACUGUAACUUUAAAACUGGCUCUGGACACACGGCACUGGACGUGGAUCAACCACUUUGUAAUCUGGGGUUCUUUGGCCUUCUACGUAUUUUUCAGCUUUUUCUGGGGAGGAAUAAUAUGGCCUUUUCUGAAGCACCAGCGUUUGUACUUUGUCUUUGCCAACAUGCUGAGCUCAGUAUCAGCAUGGCUCGUCAUCAUCUUGCUCAUACUGCUCAGCCUACUGCCAGAGAUCCUGUUCAAGGUGCUCCGCAAGCCCCGGGGACCCUACGCUCGAAAGAAGAAGAUGGUUCAGUCGAGCGCAGGGGGCCUCCAGUCUCCCCAGUCGCCAGUCAGGCCCCUGCUCAUGAGAACCUUUUCAGAUGAGUCCCAUACUGUCAUUUAAACAGCUGUCAGACGGUGACCUCCUGCAAACGUCCAGAUUGCUGCCGUCACACCGCUUUCCUAUAAGAACCUGAAGGAGCUCCAUUGAAAGGCAGCCAGGACUCGCCACUGGAAUUAGCCUCAUUCAGGUUUUUGUGUGGAUUAAAGGAGGUGGAGAAGA